AUGUCGAUAGAUUGUAAUGCAAUUUACAGCGAGCUGGAGGACUUGAGAUUGAAAGGUGGGGGUAUAAACGAGAAGAUGGCUCAGAAUUAUCUCAAAGUGCUGUCUAAUGUCGCCAAAAAUGACGAAAGUUUUGAUAGCAUUUCCUUUACUAGAACUCUUGCCAAGAUUCUUGAAUGCGCCCCGCAAUCUGAAAUGCUCAACGAGUAUUUGACAUUGAGUUUGUUUGAAGUCCUCAUGAAAGCUUGCCUAACUAGUGACCAGGAUUGGGUAGUAAUCGAAUCACUGGUUACUAUUUUCUUGUAUUUUCUUUCAGGUCCAUUUCAGGGGAGAAAACCAACCUUUAUCUCAAUAAUUGACACCCUGUUAUCGGGUCCGUCUAUCUUGGAACUGGUUUGUUCUAAGCUAGCUGACUCAGAUAUAACAUAUACGUUACCCAUUAUUGGUUUACUUUCAAAAUUCCUGCUUCGUGUUUUUGAGUUGCAAAAUGAUGAGCUAUUGAUUAGAUUCGUGGCAAAAUUGAUGGAACAGAACGCAUUCUCUAGUAUAUGCAAAAUUCCGGCUUUACAUGAGGACGAAUUGACGCGAAGCCAGAAUUGGAAACAUUUCCUGAUGAUUACGAAGCUCGUUUAUACAUAUCUUUCGAACAGCCCGAUUGAUCUCAACGAUAGGAGGCACUCAAAGCUCGUAUGUAACGUUCGAACAGCCAUGGCUCAUCUCAAUGAAGGACUUUAUCACAAGAAAAAUAUUGAAGAACCACCUGGAAACCAAGAGAAUUACGAUGACGUUUCCAAUCUGACACUACUAUCGGCUGUUCAUAUCAUAUCCUUGUUUUCCAAUCCUAGUAUAGUUUUUAAAAAGCAGUUUGCUGAGCACCAGUUAUUUAAGAAUCGAAUACCUCCGUCCUCUUUGUAUAAACUAGCUGGAGGGAUCACCUCAUCAAUGGAGCCGGACAAUCUCUCGCAUAGCAGGAUUAUCAAUAUGCCAGUUCAAUUCAGUGAAGAGCUUUUCGAAGUGCUCUUCCUUUGCUCUGUCAACUUCUGGGAUUCAUCUAAGUCAGACGCAAAUGACAUACGGGUUUUGCUUCAACACGUGGAUCACCUAUUAUAUUACUUUGAUCACUUGGUGGAACUCAAAGGAUUUCAAGAUGCAAUAUACAACCUCAGAAACAUUGAUUACGAUGCAUUCAAACAUAUUGAGUUGAAAAAGAUUAAAAAUGACACUCAAGAGUGGUGGAGCAAGAAUUGUGAUGACCUUAACAGAAUUACUUACGACGAAUCGGUUGAUUUUGUCCGAAGUCAACAUCUGCUGAUGCUUUCAAGAGGGACCUGGGUUUUCUCUGAAAAUCCAAUAAGUCCGAACGGGAGCAGCAGAAAGUCGUCUUAUUACUUUAUGAUACUGUCCACAAAUCACAGAGCACUGCUUUAUAAGGAAUUUUCCAAAAAACCUGGCAAGAAACCAAAUAUCGAUAAGGAUGGUGCAAAAAUUGAAUUCAGUCAAAUCUCGGAUAUUACUUACCAGCCAAUCAAAAAAAACAUUGAGAAAUCAAAUCUGAUUAGCAUCGAGAGUCGAUUGCAGGUCAAUCGGAUAGACAUAAAAAUCAAAAACAACGGAAUAUUUUCGUUUUAUGUUAACACAAUCGACGAGUUGUAUAUCUGGUUGGACGGCCUACGAAUGCUGCUUUCAGAUUCCACAAGUCUAUCACAUGAUACGGAGCAACAAAUACUCUGGCUUUCUAGCAUUAGGAGACAAGCAAAAUUUUUUGAGCUUGAGAUCAAACGAGAUGAUCAAGUGUAUCAUAAUAAGAACAGUUGUGUGGGCACUGACAAAUCAAAACUGAUAAGAGAUCUGACACACAUCAACAACAGGUUCUAUUUCACCUGA